AUGGAUACAGAUAACACAAUUUCAAGUAAGUAUGAAGUUGACCUUCAAGCAAGUCAACGUCAAAGCUGUGCUGAAGAAAGAGAAAAAAGGAAGUAUGUUCUUCAACAAAAGAGAAUCAAAACAGGUUGUCAUCCUACAUCAACAUCUGAUUCUGUUGAAAGGAUUUCAUUUUCAAAUACUUCAAGUGGUGGAAUAUCUAAAAUUGAAUUACAAAUGAGUGAUGAGAUGUUAGCAGAUUCUGUAGUUAAGAAGAUUCAUGGAAUUUCUAAAGAUUAUAUUGAUCAUGGAGAUGCCAUCUUUGUGUGUUCUAAAUGUGAUGCAAUGUUAUGGGAAUAUGAAAUGCUUAGGGGAAAUAAAAAACGUAAGAAAACAUCCUAUUCUCUUUGUUAUUCAAAUGGAGAUGAUGAGCUACCACGACUGCCUACACCUCCUCCAUUACUACGUCAUUUAUAUAAAGGUCAUACCUCACAGUCUCGCAAUAUCAUGGAUAAUAUUCGAGCAUAUAACAUGAUGUUUUCCUUCACAUCUCUUGGUGGGAAGGUUGACAAAAGUUAUCAGAGAGGUAAAGGUCCUUAUGUAUUUAGACUACAAGGUCAGAAUUAUCAUCGAAUGGGUAGUCUACUUCCGGACGAUGGGGAAGAACGCAAAUUCUCCCAGCUUUACAUAUAUGAUUCACAAAACGAAGUGGUAAAUCAUCAAAAAGUAGUAAGUAGUUCUCAGAUAGAAUGCAAAACUACAAGAAACAACCAGCUUGAUAGUACAACCAUAGAGGGUCUUAAAGAUAUGUUGGAUUCUUGCAAUCCUCUUGUCCAGUCCUUCAGAAUGGUAAGAGAUUGUUUUCAAGAAAAUGAGUUUCAAGAUGUAAGCUUGAAGUUUAUUGGGACAAGAAAUAAGGAUGGAAGAGUUCACAAUUUGCCAACAGCAUCAGAAAUUGUUGCGUUAAUAACUGGUGGUUUUGAUGGAGCAUUUGAUAAACGGGACAUUGUUGUUAGAAAGAAGUCUGGUGGUCUUCAAAGAAUUAGUGAGCUUCAUCCCUCUUACCUUGCUUUGCAAUAUCCACUGAUUUUCCCAUAUGCAGAAGAUGGUUAUAGAGUUGGUAUUAAACAUAGAGGGAUUGCGAUUGAUAAUGAGCAGUUUUUGGUUGAUGGAUACACGAUGAUAGAAUCUGCCAGGUUAAAUUAUAUAAGGACACAACAACCUAAACUUAGAACGCAAAGUCUUAAGAACUUGAAUGCUACUGAUGAAAGUGGAGAGAAUAAUGCCUCAAGUUAUGGUAAACCUAUACUUUUACCUUCAUCAUUUACUUAUGGUUCUAGAUAUAUGAUGCAAAAGUACUUGGAUGCUAUGGCAAUUGGCAAGUCUGUUGGAUAUCCCGAUUUAUUCAUAACGGUGACUUGUAAUCCAAACUGGGUUGAGAUUUACAGGUGUUUGCACGAUAAAGCUCUUAAUGCUGAAGACAGACCGGAUAUUAUCUCUAGAUUAUUCAAGUGUAAAUUGGAUCAUCUUAUAAAAGAUUUCAAGAAAGAUAAAUUCUUUGGUGAUAUACAAGCAGAUGAGAUAUGUGUUAAUUCUGAAGGAUAUUCUGUCUAUCGUCGCCGUCAAAUAAGUAAUACAGUAGUAAAGAAUGGUGUGACACUUGAUAAUAGAUUUGUAGUUCCUUACAAUGCUCUCAUGCUUAGAAAGUAUCAGUGCCACAUUAACGUUAAAUGGUGCAACCAGUCAGGUUCUAUCAAAUAUUUGUUUAAAUAUAUUAAUAAGGGGCCUGAUAGAGUCAAUGCUUCUGUUUUUCAAGCCAAUGGCACCAAGAAUGAUACGGAACAGAAUGUAGCUGUAGAUGAGAUAAAAGCAUACCUUGAUUGUAGAUAUAUCUCUGCUUGUGAAGGUGCUUGGAGAAUAUUCACGUAUGAUAUACAUUAUAGAUCUCCAGCUGUUGAAGUAUUACCUUUUCAUUGUGAAGAUGGUCAGAGUAUUGUGUAUAACAAUCAUGAUAAUUUGUGUGAUAUUGUUACUGAUCCAACUGUGAAAAUGACAAUGUUCACAGAGUGGAUGAAUUGUAAUAAAGUCGAUGAAUUUGCCAGGACAUUGAGGUAUGUUCAGUUUCCGGGAUAUUAUGUAUGGAAUGCUAAAAACCGCAAAUGGAAUCGAAGAAAGCAUCUGUAUGGAUCAAUUGGGAGGAUACAUUAUGUCCCACCAUCACUUGGUGAUUGUUAUUACCUAAGGAUUUUACUGAAUCAUAUUAAGGGACCAACCUGUUUUGAAGAUAUAAAAACAGUUGAUGGGCAGGUUUUUCAAACAUUUAAAGAUGCAUGUUUUGCACGGGGACUGUUGGAUGAUGAUAAAGAAUAUGUUAAUGCUGUUAAAGAAGCUAGCACAUGGUCAACCAGAGAUUUCUUGAGGACUUUUUUUGUAAUGUUGUUGCUGUCAAAUUCGAUAUCUCGUCCUGAUUUGGAUCUUCAACAAGAAGAACUUGAAAAUAUCUGUCUAUCUGAAAUUGAAAAGUUGCUACUUACCAAUGGAAGUACAGUGAGAAAUUUUGAUGAUAUGCCAAGUGUUCCGGACAAUUAUGUUUCAUCGUCAAACAAUCGAUUGAUAAUGAAAGAAUUAUCGUAUGACAGACUAGCUCUUCAAAGGGAACAUGAUGGUUAUGUAAAGUGUUUAACUGCCGAACAGGAAAGGAUAUAUAAAAUUGUUAUGGAAGCGAUUGAAAAAGGUGAUGGAGGUGUGUUUUUUGUAUAUGGUUAUGGUGGAACUGGAAAGACGUUUCUUUGGAAGACAUUCUCAGCUGCAUUACGAUCAAAAGGUGAAGUUGUAUUGAAUGUUGCAUCCAGUGGAAUUGCUUCACUUUUGCUGGAUGGUGGUAGAACUGCUCAUUCAAGGUUUGUAAUUCCAAUCAACAUUAAUGAGAAUUCACUAUGUUUGAUAGAGCCUAAUACUAAGUUAGGUGAUUUAAUUAAAAGAGCAACAUUGAUUAUUUGGGAUGAAGCACCUAUGACUCACAAGCAUUGUUUCGAGGCUCUUGAUAGAACUAUGAGAGACAUAUCACGUUCCAGUCAACCGAACAUGCAAUUCAAGCCGUUUGGGGGAAAGGAAGCAGAUUUGAAAGAAAUAAAGGAAUUUGGAGAAUGGAUUUUAAAGCUUGGUGAUGGUCUGCUUGGUGAAGAAAAUGAUGGUGAGAUUGAUAUUGAAAUACCAGAUGAUUUACUUAUUCAUGACCAAGUCAAUCCUAUUUCUUCUCUCAUUUCAUUUAUAUAUCCGGACAUGAAUAAGUUUUUGUGGGAUUUAACGUAUUUCCAACAAAGAGCGAUUCUUGCUCCAACUAAUGAAGUAGUGGAUUUAAUAAAUAAAGAGUUAUUAGAGAGUCUGCCUGGUGAAGAAAAGGUUUAUUUUGGUUCAGAUAGUUUAUGCCAAUCGGAGGAAGAAUCAGAGCUUAAUAUGGCAUUGUUUCCUCCUGAUGUGUUAAACAAUCUUCGUUUAUCUGGUUUACCUAACCAUAAAUUAGUACUGAAACUUGGUGCUCCAGUGAUGUUACUCAGAAACAUUGAUCAGGCAAAUGGAUUAUGUAAUGGUACACGUUUACAAGUCACGAAGCUCGGAAAAGUUGCGAUUGAAGCAAAAAUUAUCACAGGGACUAAUAUAGGUCAUCAUACUUUGAUUUCAAGACUGAAGAUGACACCUUCUGAUAAAAGAAUACUAGUGAAGAUUUCUCGAAGACAAUUCCCACUUUCACUUUGUUUUGCUAUGAUAAUAAAUAAAAGUCAAGGACAAUCAUUGGAGCGUGUUGGUUUAUAUCUUCCACGUCCAGUGUUUAGUCAUGGCCAGCUCUAUGUUGCUGUAUCUAGAGUAAAAAGUAGGAAGGGGUUGAAAAUUUUGAUUUUGAUAAAGAGAAACGAGUCUGUAUAA